AUGCCACCAGCUCAGUCCACGCCUGCCACUCAGUCCACGCCUGCCACUCAGUCCACGCGUGCCACGCCGCCACAGGCGCAGCAGCACCAGCAGAGAUCGCGGCCUUCCAUAAAAAAACGCAAGACCUGCAGCCUGUGCCACCAGGCUAUCAACGGCCAGUUCGUGCGGGCGCUCAACAACGCGUACCACGUCGAAUGCUUCAAGUGCCACGAGUGCGGCGCGCUUUGCCUGGCCAAGUUCUUCCCCCACGAGGUCCUCACGGCCCAGGGCACGGCCGUCCAGGUGCCGCUUUGUGAGUAUGACUACUUCAAGAAGUUGAGUCUCAUCUGUCAUUCCUGCGAUAGCGCCUUGCGGGGUCCGUACAUCACCGCGCUAGGGAACAAGUACCACUUGGAGCACUUCAAAUGCCAUGCCUGCGGCAAGGUCUUUGAGUCCGACGAGAGCUACUACGAACACGACAACAGCGUCUACUGCCAUUUCCACUACUCGCAGCUCUACGCCACCAAAUGCGAGGGCUGUCAUUCUUCGAUCGUCAAGCAGUUUGUCGAGCUCUUCAAGAGCGGGAAGGUCCAGCAGUGGCAUCCGGAGUGCUACAUGGUGUUCAAGUUCUGGAACGUGAGCGUUACCAUGGAAUCGGUGGGCCUACCGGAAAACUUCGCUCUUGACGCCGCCGCCCUCGCCAACAUCACUGUACAAGACUUGGUCAUGUCAGAGCAGAAAAUCGAGACUGCAGUUAUGAACUGCUGGGUUGUCUUGUCCGGCUUCGAGGAAACCUCGGCUUCGUGCAUCUCCGAAAUGCUUCUCUCCGCAUGUGCGGGCAAACGCCUGACCGGACUAUUGACCACAGGAAAGUUGGUGCUCUAUUUGGAAGUCUUGUUCCAGGCAUUGGACCAUGUGCAGAACAUGUGCUUGGAAUGCAAGCCUGACAGUGUGUCGCUAAGCGACUCCAAAACAGCGCUCUUGGACGAAGUGUACUCCGUGGAUGCGUUCGACAAAUUCCAGGCGCUUCGAAAGGAGCCCAGAAAUAUUUCGGGCAAGCUCAUGAGCUACUUGGCCAUUCUAAGAAAAUCACACAAGAUUGCUGAAUCCGGCAGUCUCUCCUCUGAACUCCUUGCCGUGAUUACUGGAUGUGCGCACUACUUGAAGCUCUUGAUCAGAAUUGGUUUAAACAAUGCCCUCGCCCUAAACAAGCUCCGCGGCGACACAAAAGCGUUGGACGGGUUCUUGGGCCUAGUGAAAAAUUACGAGGAAGUCGACUUGGCCUCAAAGGCUGAAGGUGACGGGAAAAGAUCUUUUGCCGCCCGUUUCUCUGUGCCUCACAACUCAACUGAUGCAUGCCGCUCGUGUUCCAAAAGCAUCGAAAAGUCGUGCAUUAUGUUUGCAGAGUUCAGAUGGCAUCACAAGUGUUUCGAGUGCUCAGGCUGUCACCGGAAACCAUCAAAUGAAUUCAGAGUCGAGUCAUUCUUAUACAGUCUGAACAACAAGAUAGCAUGCUCCGAUUGCGCAAUGUCGGAUACUGCGUCGGGCAUGGGUUACACGUCUGGAUUUAUCAAGGUAUCAGAUCUCUCCCAGCUAGUCUACCUAUUGAAAAUCGCCCUUUCCAGAUCCAAGGUCGCUAUAAAGAAAGACAGUAUAAUUGCGUCGGGGUCGGUGGACUACCUCAAGCCUGCCUCUGAUAUGUCCCAUAUCCUGGAGGAACCCUCAGAAACAGAAACAACAUACUUGAAAACGCUCGAUGAAGUCACCACCUUGAGGCAAAAAAGAGAAAGUCAGAAACUCGGUAACUCAGUCAAGCAAAGUGCCAGAAAGUCAGUCAUUUUAGGUGCUCCAGAAGCUGCGACGGCGAGGGCCGACAACACCUCGAGUGAUGCUGAAGACAGAUUACCUGUUGAAAGACAAGGAAGCUCCUCAAGUUCUAUGUCCUUUACAACCCUGCGCCGCGAUUCUGACUACUUUGACUCUCACAACAGCCCAAUCAGAAUCCGUGACGAGCCACCUCAAACUAUGACAGGGAUUAGCUUGGGCCGCACUUCGGAUCUCUUGAAGAAUGAGAAGUCUUUGACUUUGGACGAUAUUCCUAGAAUCGUUGCUGCAGAACAAGCAAGAGAACAACGGCCCAACGCGUUUAAACACCACAAUUCCCUAUACCAGAAGAACAAUCUGCAGAUAAGGUCAGUUAGCAAUACCAAGUUCUCGAAUGAGCUUUCCCAAAAACCUCUUAGUUCUGAGGAAAGAGCACAAGACAAACACAAGUAUUUCUCGGAAUUGACACCGCAAGAACACACAAUCAUGCGCCACAUUGCCAUUGAGGCCUUGUUAAGCAUAAGUAAUCAGUUCGCUCGCGAAGAGCUCUUGGCGCAUGCCCAGGUUAAGAAGUCAAAUACAUUCUGGGACAAAUUCAAGUUCGGGGGCGACAAAAGCAAGUCUAUGAACGUGUUCGGUCUGGAUUUGGAAGAAGUGGCCAAGAAAUAUGGCGUGGACACUAGCUUAGGUGUCGGUCCUUCACAAUUACGAAUCCCCAUGCUAAUGGAGGAUAUCAUUCUCGCCCUUCGACAAAAAGAUGUUUCUGUCAAGGGUAUAUUUCGAUUGAACGGAAACAUCAAGAACCUUCGUGAAUUAACGGAGCAAAUAAAUGCCGCACCUUUGAAAUCCCCGAAUUAUGGGAACUACUCUGCCGUGCAACUCGCUGCAUUGAUGAAGAAAUGGCUCAGAGAACUACCUAAUCCGCUUCUAACGUUCAAUUUGUAUGAUGUGUGGAUCUCUUCGAGAAGGGCGGAGAAUCCGGCAAAAGCAAAGAGAGUGUUACAGCUUUCAUACUGCUUGCUUCCGCGAAGCCACCGGAAUCUUCUUGAAGUUCUUCUCUACUUUUUCAGUUGGGUGGCUUCGUUUGCAGAGAUUGAUGAGGAAACAGGUUCAAAAAUGGACACGCACAAUUUGGCUACGGUUCUUGCGCCCAAUAUCCUCCUUUCCAAAGCAGCAAGCGGGGACAAUGGUGAAAAUCAAUCCAGCGAUGCACACUUUCUCGGUAUUGAGGUCGUGAACCUGUUGAUCGAGAUCCAUGAAGACCUCGCCCUCAUUCCCAAUGAUUUAUGGGAAUUCUACAUUAAGUGCGAGUUCAAUUUAUUGCCCAAGACAGAAUCUCUUCCUUCCAAGGAGAUUCAGAGCAAAAUAAGCAAGGUUGCCAAAGAAAAUCCUGACUUCUUCCUAAAGUUCAUGAGAAAUAAUAGCUACACCGAGCCCAGAUACCCAAACACAAUCAAGAGCGGACAGACCAAAGUGCAUGCUGCUGAAAAGCAGAACCGAUAA